AUGUGCUUUUGGCGGGACAAUCUUCAACUGUACUCCGUACACAUUAGUAAAACCAAGGUCAGGCAGCCGAUUGAGGAACAGAAAAAGGGAGUCAGAUUGACUGUCAAGAGAUUAAAUCGUACUCGGCCACAUGUUGUAUACAACUUGCUGAAGAGGUCAAAGCUGGACGCCAACAGAGAAAUCAAUGAAGCGACUUUGAAUGUUCCAGACGCCAUUACCGCCUAUAACGAUUACGCUAACUUCAUCAGCCAAGCAAAAUUGGCCAUUUCAGGGAGUGGUUCUGGGCGUGGCUUUCUCUUAGACAUCCACGGCCAAACACACCAACCUCCGAGGACGGAGCUGGGAUAUCUCAUUUCGAAAUCCAAACUCGUGCAGAAAUCCUACAAUGUAGUGGGCACUUCUAUCAGAAACCUUGGGGAAUACUGGUGCGGAAGCAACAAUGCUUGCUUUCAAGAUUUCGUUCAAGGUAAUCGAAGUCUUGGAUAUUUCGUGAAUCAAGAAGGACUGGCCGCUGUACCCUCACCACUUGACGAGGAUCCAAACGGGGAAAAGUUUUUCUCUGGAGGAUAUACGACCAGGGUCCAUGGAUCCAAAGAUGGAGGGAACAUUGACGCCAUUCAGCUGGAACUACCCAGAGAGCUUCGUUUCGAGUGGAACCGUAAUGUUGCUUUGCAAAAUGCUUUGGCUAACGCUAUCGUAAAAUUUUAUCAGUUGAAUUAUGACGCGUAA